CCCCCCCCUCUUUCAACCUCUUCCCGAGCGAUAAUCUCGGCCUUCGAACCGACUCACCUCGCCAAAACCAGACGACGCCGGCGCAAGGGCGGAGGAGGAACGCGGCACGAUGGCGAACUUUCUGGCGUCGAUCUUCGGGACGGAGCAGGACAAGGUGAACUGCUCGUUCUACUACAAGAUCGGGGCGUGCCGGCACGGGGACCGGUGCUCGCGGAAGCACGUGAAGCCGUCGUACUCGCAGACGAUCCUGCUGCCGAGCAUGUACCAGAACCCGGCGCACGACGCGCGGGCGCGGCUGACGGCGGAGCAGUGCGCGAACCACUUCGACGCGUUCUACGAGGACCUGUGGUGCGAGCUGUGCCGGUACGGGGAGCUGGAGGAGCUGGUGGUGUGCGACAACACGAACGACCACCUGGUGGGCAACGUGUACGCGCGGUUCAAGUACGAGGACGCGGCGCAGGCGGCGUGCGACGCGCUCAACUCGCGCUGGUACGCCGGCCGCCCGGUCUACUGCGAGCUCAGCCCCGUCACCGACUUCCGCGAGGCCUGCUGCCGCCUCAACUCGGGCGAGGGCUGCGUCCGCGGCGGCUUCUGCAACUUCAUCCACCGCAAGAACCCCUCCCCCGAGCUCGAGCGCGAGCUCUCCCUCGCCACCAAGAAGUGGCUCAAGAUGCGCGGCCGCGACGAGAAGAGCGUCAGCCGCAGCCCCAGCCCCGAGCCGGCGCGCAAGCGGUAUUAAAAGAGAGGAGUGCUGGGGCGGGGGGACACAUUUGCAAGCAUCAAGGGUAUCUAGGCAGGAUUGCGUGUUUUUUUCUUCUUUUCUUAUUCUUUUCUUUUUUUGUUCUUAUACGU